GAGAGCAGGUGACAGAACUAAAGAAGUCUGCAAGUCUUUCGGCACUUCAUUUCAACGGGGUGGGGGGUCAUAUAGAUCAGCGCACUUACACAGCGCGUUCCGCCGCGUCAAGUCUGGAGAUACUCUCUCAGCGCAUGGUUUUGGGGGAAAUAAGCUCUUCGGGUUUGCUGCUUCGCCGGUUUUGCAACACUUUCGGGUUUGGAAACCUAAGUUAAUUUGUCAUAUUUUUUUUAAGGACACGUUGAACGGUUUUCGAAAGAAUCAUGGAAAGUUUGGUGCUGAACGGAAAAUGGAGAUUCGAAUAGAUGACCCAUGUUUGUUGCGAAAAUAGCCGCGUGGAUCUUUUAUAGCAGGUAGAGAACGCAAACCGCUGUGAACAUCGUCUCUUCGAUAACUGGAUUUACUUUUUACCUUCCCAAAAUUGCAGUUCUUUUUUUUUUUGGUUCAGUAGCAUCUUAAACGAAUAGGAUCUUUUGCGAAAUUUACAUGGGAACUUCCGAGGAGAAGUCGUAUACAGACGUGCUCGCCAACGGCGUUGUUUGUUGCUUGUGAAUUUAUUUCAAAAUAAGUGUUUCCGCAAUUUCACAUCCCCGCUUUGUAAAGACACUAAUUAUUUGGAUUGCUCUUUGGACACUGUAAAUAGCCUCUCGUUUUCAAACGCUUCAUGUCCAAAUUCCACAAACACCCGAAGACAGCGGUUCUACCUCCAGCGGGAAGACCUGCAAGCUGACUGCAAACUCCCAGUAUUUAAUUGCGCUUUGGAUUGCAACUGUUUGAGGGGUAUAGAACACACCAAGAAAUCGGAUAAUCGUAUUCGUAAUUUGCUUUGGAAUUUAGCUUCUGUAUACUCGUCAAUUAUCAGAGGUUCCCAAACGCAGCCGUUUUCAUCAGCUGCUCUUAGACAAUGCUCUUCAGGAACAGGCUGACCUGCUCUGGCUGGGUGGGAGCCAUGAACACACGGCAUGGAGUGGUGGCCAUCACUUUCCUGGCUUUAUUCUUGCAGGUUGUGGUGGAGGCUACCUCUUGGUGGUCCCUGGCAAUGAAUCCACUGCUGAUUCCUGAAGCUUACAUCAUAGGGGCCCAGCCUCUGUGUAGUCAAUUGGCAGGCUUGUCCAAAGGCCAGAAGAAACUGUGCCAGCUGUACCAGGACCACAUGCAGUACAUCGGUGAGGGAGCCAAGACGGGCAUCCGCGAGUGUCAGUACCAGUUCCGCCACCGCCGCUGGAACUGCAGCACCGUGGACAACUCCUCAGUAUUUGGCCGCGUCAUGCAGAUCGGGAGCCGCGAGGCAGCGUUUACGUACGCGAUCAGUGCAGCGGGCGUGGUUAAUGCAGUGAGUCGAGCCUGCAGGGAGGGUGAGCUGUCAAGCUGCGGCUGCAGCCGGGCUGCUAGGCCCAAAGAUCUGCCCCGGGACUGGCUGUGGGGAGGCUGUGGUGACAACCUCAACUACGGCUAUCGCUUCAGCAAGGAGUUUGUGGAUGCUCGCGAGCGAGAGAAGACCCAUGAAAAAGGCACCAUGGAGAGUGCACGGCUGUUGAUGAACCUCCAUAACAAUGAAGCAGGACGGAGGAUGGUAUCAGACUUGGCCCAUGUCUCUUGCAAGUGUCACGGCGUGUCGGGCUCAUGCAGCCUGAAGACUUGUUGGCUACAGUUGGCUGACUUCCGCAAGGUGGGCGAUGCGCUUAAGGAGAAGUAUGACAGCGCCGCCUUCAUGAAGCUGAACAGCCGGGGCAAGUUGGUGCCGGUGCACUCCAAGUUCAACCCACCCACCAGCCAUGACCUGGUGUACAUCGAGCCCAGUCCGGACUACUGUGUGUUCAACAGGACCACGGGCUCGUUGGGCACGCAGGGGCGCCUUUGCAACAAGACGUCGGAGGGCAUGGAUGGCUGCGCGCUCAUGUGCUGUGGCCGUGGCUAUGACCAGUUCAAGGCCACACUCGUGGAACGCUGCCACUGCAAGUUCCACUGGUGCUGCUAUGUCAAGUGCAAGCGCUGCUCCCGGGUGGUUGACCAGUUCGUGUGCAAGUAGCCCCCUCACCCUCCCACCCCAGCCCCUGCUCCCUUUAGCAACAGAGUGUGUGAAAGAAGGUUGGAGGAACGUUGGGAAAGAUGUGGAAUGGAAAGAAGAAAUAAACUAUAUAAAUUAUAUUUAUAGAGUCAAACAAUUAUAACGUUGUGGAAAAGACUGACAGUUCUUCUUUGUUUGUGCGUGUGUUGUUUUUCUUUCUUAAAGCAAUAGGUACAAGAUGUUUAAAGAAACUGAGACUAUUUAUUUUCUGAGAUUUUUUUUUUUUUUUUUUUUUUAUUCUGGCUUUUAAAGUGGAGUUCUUUGCAGUUAGUGCAAACCAAUGACCCAGACAAAGCCAAGCCCUUCGAUAAUCCACAGAGGGUAAAUCCGUAUGUUUUGGCCUGAUAAGAGCACUGGCAUUUUCCUUACCCACACUGAGUGGUUUGAGUAAAUCAGAGCUUUAAGCAUUUCCUUUCAGUCUUACUCACUGCCUGCUGCUCAGAGCCUGACAUUUGUAGCUCACUAGUGGAUAUAUAUUAUGUUUCAUGGAUAAGCUGAUCAAUUGGCCUCAAACCCAUGCAAGCUUUUGAUCUGCUGUCUACACGCUACUCCAUAUCUGCAGCCUAGUUUGUCUUGAUGUAAGAGAGUUUGUAUUUUCACAGGCUUCAGCUCCAUGCAUAUCCACUGUUCAAGGAUUCACAAACACUUGCGAAUGUCCACCAGCACAAAAUUUCUCAUUAAGUAAAUUAUUAACUGAGGCUGUCUGACAAUUGCCCCUAAGGGUGCACAUAUCCUCUUGAUUUUGCUCUUGCUUUCAACCCUACGCACACCUAUCCCCACACAUUGCAAAGAACAGGUGGAGAAAUGAGACCUGCCAUGGGCUGACUUACAGCAGUUAGGUGUCUCUCUGAUUUUGAGUAUGGAAAGAUAUAAUGGGUGUCAUGUGCAGUGUACAUGCUGCACAGUAUUUACACUUUCAUAUUGGUGGUGCUACCUUAUGAUGGGGGAUAGACACUGAGAAUCGACUAAGAGUAAAUUCAGUGAGAAGGCUAAAAGUAAGUUAUAUGCCGGUCUAUGUUCCCUGAAUCCCCUGAUUUUUCUUUUCUUUUUUUUAAUGCACAUUAAUGUUGUCACCAUUGGUUAAAAUGUGUCUACCUGCUUGACAAACAGAUGCAUCUGUAGUCAAACUGAAAUAUUAUUUUUGGGGUUCAUUGUCAUAGAUGUUCAUUUACUACUAUACAGUUACCACUAGUUAUUCCUACAAUGUCCUUAUUUCAUUUUUAUCAUUACUACUAUUCAUUAUAAAUUCAUCCAGUAUAUUUAUUAGCUGUCAUCAAUUUGAGGCUUUCAGAAGGUAUUUCUUAUGACUGGCUUUUUAUAUAUGUAUUUUUCUUUUAAGUUGAACUGUUAAAAUAUGCUCUAAUAAAUGUUAAACAUUAACAAAGUCAAACUUUUGGGGAAAAAACUUAAAUCAGUAGUUUGUUUUAUAGAACAACCUUCCACUAUGCAAUUACAUGUUCUGCCCUCAUAGUCUUAUUUGAAAAAGUGACAAUUGUUCUAUAUUUGUACAGAAAUUAUUAAGGUAAGAUUUGUCUGUAUUUUUAUAUUCUCUAAUUCUGAACUAUGAAGCAUCUGCACACAAGAAAUUCUCCAACUUUGAGAAACAAACCUCUUCAGCAAAUAAAUAG